UCCUCCUCCUCCCGCCGCCCGCCCCUCGCACUCGGUUCCCCGCUCCUCGCCUCCCGCACGCCCGGCCCGGAGCGGGGCCGGUGACGGCGCACGGAGCCCGCCCGGGGCUGCCCGGUGCCGGUGCCGGUACCGGUACCGGUGCCGGUACCGGAGCUGUCCAGUGCUGAAGGCUCCGGCCCGGCCCCGCCAUGCCCCGCUCCUUCCUGGUGAAGAAGCUGAAGGCGGACGCGUUCCCGGUCGCCGGGGUCCCCGCGCCCCCCUACGCCCCCCUGGAGCCCCCCUACGCGCUGCCCGGCCCCGCCGCCGGCGAUGGGUACCUCCAGCACUGCCUGGCUCCUGCCGCCUACGACUCCGACAAGAAGCAGGGGCUGCCGCCGGCGCCUCCGGACCCAGCCUACGCGCCCGGCCAGGAGGAGUACAGCGACCCCGAGAGCCCCCAGUCCACCUUCUCCGCCCGCUACUUCAACGGGGAGGCGGCGGUGACGGACAGCUACUCCAUGGACGCCUUCUUCAUCACCGACGGGCGGUCGCGCCGGCGCGGCAAGAGCCAGCGCCGCGGCGGCCACCGCCACUCCUGCCCCGAGUGCGGCAAGACCUACGCCACCUCCUCCAACCUCAGCCGGCACAAGCAGACGCACCGCAGCCUGGACAGCAAGAUGGCGAGGAAAUGCCCGACCUGCGGCAAGGCGUACGUCUCCAUGCCCGCCCUGGCCAUGCACGUCCUCACCCACAACCUCAAGCACAAGUGCGACGUCUGCGGCAAGGCCUUCAGCCGGCCCUGGCUGCUGCAGGGCCACAUGCGCUCGCACACGGGCGAGAAGCCCUUCGGCUGCUCCCACUGCGGGAAGGCGUUCGCCGACCGCUCCAACCUGCGCGCCCACAUGCAGACCCACUCCGCCUUCAAGCACUACAAGUGCAAGCAGUGCGAGAAGACCUUCGCCCUCAAGUCGUACCUCAACAAGCACUACGAGUCCGCCUGCUUCAAGGGCUCCGAACACAGCUGUGCAAUAGGGAACUAGCCUCCGCCAGCCCCCCCCGCACCCAGCACCCCCACCCGUCCCGUCCCUCCCCGUCCCUGUGCCGGCGCUCCUGCAGCUGCUGCCGGCCGUUCUGUGGCUGCGCGGUGGCUGCAGGACGCGUGCCCCCAGCUCCCAGUUCCAACCCCCCAGGAGAAGGGUGCCCCCGUGCCCCCAGGACGGGACGGAUCCAGCCCCAGCCCCAGCCCCACAGCCAGGCGGGUCUCUCUGUGGGGACUUGCCCGGGACCCUCUCCCCCACCCAGCACAGACCUUCCCCCCAGCUCGUGACGCUCACUGAUAUUUAUUUAAUUUAUUACUGUUAUUUAUUUAGAGUUGCUGCUUCUCCCCCCGGGAACCGCCGGGGAGGAAAGACAUUCGCUGCUCCACCCCCCCCAGGAGCAAAAACUCCCCUGGUCCAUACCAGGGAUGGGACCGUGGGCCGAAGAGCCAGGACUGAUGGCUCGGCAGGACUGACGGACACCUGCCUCGGAGGCUGGGACCCGCAGCCCAGGCCCCUGCCGUCCCCCCACCUGCAUGGGAGCAGCCCUGGGGCAGGACCCGCACCCGAAUUGUGGCCCCCCCCACACCCCCAGACCCUUCUGGGGCUGCUGCUGGCCCCCCCAGCCAGACGCCAGCCCCCCAGGAGGAGCGGGUCGGUGGUACCGCAGAGCUCGGGUGAGUCUAUUUAAUUGCUCUUCUUAUUUAUAUUAUUUAUUCCUUACCCUUUUCACUAUUUAUUUGCCAAGACUGGCGGGGCCGGCAGCCCUUCCGCACGGCUCGCAGGAGGCAGCAGAGCUGCAGCAGCGCCGCCAUGCCCAGGACAGAGCCGUGGGGACAAGGACGGGGACAGGACCCCGAGAGCCACCGAAAAGCAGGCACGGAGGCGGGGGCAACGUGAGGCGGCUGAGCAGCCCCCCCCCCCCCCCCCAAACCCCACAAGCCCCCCACGAGGGCAGAGCCGCUCUCCUUUGUCUUCCUCGGAGCCGCGGGGUCCCGCUCUGCUCCCCGCGCCACCCCAGCGGGGACAACCCAGCGAUUCUAUGCAACCUCCCCGCAGACCCCCCCCCGGCCCCGCAGCGAGCCGCUUCCUACCUCGGGCCACGAGCUGCCACGGCCCCCCCAGCCCGUGCCAGCACCCCGAAACUUUUGGGGUUCAGCCUGGACCUCGCGCGCCCCCCGCGCCGUCUUCCUGCACCGUCUUCCUCCCGCCGUGGCCGCGGGUCCCACGGGCUCGACGCCUCCCAGGCAGGGACGCUCGCGAGCCCCGAGGGCACCGUGGUGGCCACCCCGUGGGCAUCGUGGCCACGCACCGCGUCCCCCACGCAGGGGACAGCAUUUCACGGUUCCCCUCGGAUGGCGCUGCCCGUCCCUGUUGUGUACAUAGCGGACACCACAGCAAUAAUUUUCCGUGCAUGAUCGAUUUUUUUCUGCCAGGUUUUUGUAUUUGAGCGGCCGCGGCGAGACGAGCCGGACCGAGCAGCGGCCGCCCGCAGUGUUACUUGUAAUGCAAUUCAGGGAUAUAAAAGGGAUUUCUGCCACUA